CGGCGGGGUGGGGGAGCUAGAGGAGGGGAGGCCCGGGGCGGGGAAAGGCUUGGCCUCCGCCCCCCACCCCACCCGGCCCUUCUCCUCUGGGGGCGCCUCUCCCAGUGCUUUCGCUGCGUUUCUCCCGGUCCCCACGCCUUCGCUGGAGUAACGAGCUACCGAGAGGCCCCCGAAUCUGGUUCCUGGGCCGGGUCCUCAAGAAUGACAGAAGUCAUGAUUUGAGCACCUACUAAGUACAAGACUCUACCGGAUGUUGGAGAUGCGGAGAGGGCUGCCCUCAAGAGCUUCUGGCCAGACGGGUAGAUAUUACCUACUACAGGGGAACUACAGCUGCCGAAAAUGAUGGGUUUGCCUGAGGACUGCAGGACUUUAUGAAGUGCUCCCCUUGAUGGAAGGGGGCCCUGCCUGCAAAGCACCUCAAGGCCCAGCAGUGGAUCUAUGGUGAGGAAAUCAAAGAUGGGAACCCCGUCAGUGAGAGAAAGGUGUUGCCUAUGGGCAUAUCCCAAAUACCCCUCCCAGAAACUUCCAAAAAAACCAGGCCAGAAAUUGGGCCUCUGCUGCCCUCUAAUGGAGGAAAGCAGCAUCUAGCGCUGCCUGCCGGGACCCAACCAACCUGUUUCCCCUAAAGGAAAGGGGAUGUGAAGGACCUUCCUGCGCCCCCCCCCCCCCGACUUUUUAUUCCCCUAGAGUCUUGAGCUUCAUUUCCAACAGCCUCUGAAGACGAAUCUUUUCCCCUUCCAAGCACUCUUGGUUGCCUUGUUUCCUGAUCACCGCCCUCCAUUCCGUUUCCCCAGUUUCCUUUGUUGCCCAGGUUUUGAUUCUGGUAUCUUGGUUCCUGGCCCCACCAGAGUUCUGGUUCCAGAAGGCCCUUGCCAGGUGCCUUGGGCCUUGCUCCCACCCAGGCGCAAGGCCACACUGAAGACAUGGGUAUGAGCAUCCCCCAGUACCUGGGGCAAAUGGACAUCCGCAAAGGUGUAGUGGGCUUGGCCACAGGUGCUGGGUUCAUCUACCUGCUCUACAAGGCCAUCAAGGCUGGUAUCAAAUGCCAGCCGCCCCUCUGCACUGCCUCACCCAUCUGCAUCGCCCGUGAGUGUACGGGCCCUAGGGAGAGGGCUCUGCCUCAGGAGGCACCUGCUCCCGAGGCCUCCAGUGUGGGAGGGCCCAAAGGCCUGGCAGUGGAGCGCGAACGGCACGGGCGGGACUCGGGUGAGCUCCGGAGGCUGCUCAACUCCUUGGAGUACAAACAGGAUGAGUACGCCAAGAGUAUGAUCCUGCACAGUAUCACCCGCUGUGUGUACUUGCUGGAGGCCGAGGCCUCCUCUUGUACUGCCGAUGACAUCAGCUUGGUGGGCUCCAUGCUGGAUGACAAGGACAACAGUGUCAAAAUCCAAGCUCUGAACACACUUAAAGCUUUCUCUGGCAUCAGAAAAUUCAGGCUCAAAAUCCAGGAACACACCAUCAAGGUGCUGGAACUGAUCUCUACCAUCUGGGAUUCAGAACUCCAUGUUGCAGGCCUCAGACUCCUCAACAGCCUCCCACUGCCUGACUAUGUACAUCCACAGCUGCGACGGGUGAUGCCUGCCUUGAUGGAGAUCCUGCAGUCCAACUAUAUCCUGGCACAGGUGCAAGCCAUACGAUUGCUGAGCUACCUGGCACAGAAGAAUGACCUUCUGUAUGAUAUUCUCAACUGCCAGGUGCACUCCAACUUCCUGAACCUGUUUCAGUCCACACAGCCAGGGAGUCUGCUGUUCGAGGUACUGGUGUUUGCUGAGCGGCUAAGUGAGGGCCGGAAUUCACCCCACUACCGUGCCGUGAAGUGGCAUUACAACGAACAAUCUUUGCAUGAAGCUCUCUUUGGGGAUGAGUCACGACUGGCAGACCGGCUGCUCGCCCUGGUCAUCCACCCUGAGGAGGAAGUUCAAAUCCAGGCCUGCAAGGUCAUAGUCAGCCUGCAGUGCUCCCAGGAUGUGGGAGUCCGGCCCUCUUCCUGUAGGCCCAGUCAUUCCUACUUUCAUAGCGGGGAAAAUAAUUAAGGAGAGCCAAUAAAUGACUAUGGGAGAA